CACCGGCUUCUCCUCCUCCGCCAGAUACUCCAGGUCCAACGACUCCACUGUACACACUGCACCAUGACAAAAAAACCAGAAGCUCCUGAUGCUAAACCUCCUUAAUUCAGUCACUGCCUCCACCUGAAGUUUCUGAAGAGCUUCAAAACGAACCAGAAAAAUGGCUGGAGGUGGAAGGAGAAGCGCUCGCAGCAGAAUCAGAUCCUUCACUGAUCACAACGAUGAUGAGUCUGUUCGUCCAGCGAAACCCAGUUUCAAGCUUCGUAAUAAUAGAACCAAAGAUCGAAGCUAUCUCCCAAUAUUCAACGCGUCUUUUAAAGUCUUGCUUGGUGUUUGCUUAUUAGCAUUCUUCACUAUCUUGUUUAUGAUCCAUCACAUCCUAAAUCGUCACGCAGAAGUUCAUAUACCUAGGGUUAUCACACCAUUUCCUGCGCCAAAGAUGAUGGACCUCCCUCAGUUCCACGGUCAGCACAAGGAGAGUUUAUAUUGGGGAACUUAUCGGCCCCAUGUAUAUCUCGGAAUUCGUGCGAGGACUCCUAAAUCUUUGAUUUCUGGAUUAAUGUGGAUUAGCAUAAAGGAUGGCAGAUAUCACAUGCGACAUGUAUGCAACAAUGAUGAUGGGCUAAGCACUUAUGGUUGGAAAAGUCAUAAUGGGCGUGAUUUUGGGCAUCAGUUGCUAGUUGACCAUGGCAUGAAUUUGGAUAUUAGUUUCUUGAAAUCAAAGAUGGUUGGCAGUGGUUAUGGAGGGGAUUGGGCUGUUCGAAUUGAAAUGCAAAUUGAGAAAUCUGAAUGGGAUGAAGAAUUUGGUGGAAAUGCCCAACUCUUUUUCUACUUGGCUGAUGAGGGUGGUCAUGUUCUAAGUGUGAGUGGAGAUUAUUUGAACAAUCAUGAGGAUUCCAUAAUCGCAUCUGGCUCUCGAACAGACAUAGGAGAUUGGCAGCUACAUUUAAAAUCAAUGGAUGGCUUGGAAGUGCAUUAUGCUGGAUUUAAUACGCCUCACUUUCACAAUUUGUCUGAUCUUGUGCAACAAAAUCUUGCAGCUCAGAUGAUGAAGCAUGCCCGACUGCAGCUAUCUGACUCAUCAGACAAUUCUCCAAACGUCUUAGUUUUUCAGAUUAGUGGUAGAUUUCCUCUAAACACAGAUAUUGUUCUUGUCUCUGGAACUGGAUCAGAAAGACCAAGAGUAGAAGAACGUGUCAGCAAUCUUACAGGCACCUCACUUACUAACCGACUGAAGGAGAAGAAACAAGAAUUUGAUGAUAAGUUUGAAAAAAAUUUUGGAUUGGCUGACAAGGUGGAUUCAGAUUCCAUAUCUGUUGGUAAGGCUGCUAUUGGAAACUUACUAGGUGGUGUAGGCUACUUCUAUGGCCGGUCAAAAAUUGCUGUCUCAGAAAUACUUGAUUCUAAAAAUAAUGAUAAUUAUUUAUAUUAUUGGCCUGCUGAGCUUUAUACAGCAGUUCCUAGCCGACCUUUCUUUCCAAGAGGAUUUUUAUGGGAUGAAGGUUUUCAUCAACUUCUAAUCUGGCGUUGGGAUAUUCGUAUAUCCUUGGAUAUUAUUGGACACUGGUUAGAUCUUAUGAAUGCUGAUGGAUGGAUACCGCGCGAACAAAUUCUGGGUUCUGAAGCAUUGAGUAAGGUCCCAGAGGAGUUUGUUCCCCAGCAUCCAACAAAUGGAAACCCUCCAACUCUGUUUUUAGCAAUAAGUGAUUUAGUUCAUGGCUUGAAGAACAACAAGUUUACUGGGACUGAUAAAACUGAGAUCUCUCUUUUUCUGGAACAUGCAUUUGUUCGGCUAGAAGCAUGGUUCCAAUGGUUCAAUACAACUCAGUCAGGGAAUCAGAUGAGCAGCUACUAUUGGCAUGGACGAGACAAUAGGACAAUUCGUGAAUUAAAUCCCCAGACACUGUCCUCUGGAUUGGAUGAUUAUCCACGUGCUUCACACCCAAGUGGAGAUGAACGUCAUUUGGAUCUUAGAUUUUGGAUGUUACUUGCAGCUGAGUGUAUGCAUUCUAUUGAAGAGUUGUUGGACAAGGAAACCAAUCCUGGCAAGGAUUAUGCUACUACUGCUAAAGUGCUAUCAGAUUUUGAGUUACUGAACCAGAUGCAUUUUGAUGAUGCAUACGGUGCUUACUUUGAUUUUGGAAAUCAUACAGAAAAGGUUCGGUUGAAAUGGAAAGAACUUGAGGUAGGACACAACCAUGUAACUCGCCAGCUUGUCCGGGAUGUCUUAGAGAGACCAAAGUUGAGAUUUGUUCCUCAUUUUGGUUAUGUUAGUUUGUUCCCAUUCAUGGGGAGGGUCAUACCACCUACAUCAUGGAUUUUGGAAAAACAACUUGACUACAUUUCGAACCGAAGUGUCUUAUGGACCGACUAUGGACUCCGCUCUCUGGCCAAAACAAGCUCCUUGUACAUGAAGUACAACACAGAGCACGACGGACCAUAUUGGAGAGGUCCUAUCUGGAUAAACAUGAAUUACAGAAUUCUCUCAGCCCUCCACCAUUAUUCCAAAGAGAAUGGACCAUAUCAGGACAGAGCCAGAACCAUCUACGAAGAGCUGAGACGCAAUUUAGUAAGAAACAUAGUGCGCAACUAUAAGCAGACUGGAUUUUUGUGGGAACAGUACGAUCAGAAAGAGGGUAAGGGAAAAGGGACACGAGCGUUCACUGGGUGGACAUCGCUUGUGGUGCUAAUCAUGGCGGAGGCAUAUGGCCAAGUGUAGGACUCGAAUGAGUGUUAUUGUCAGUACAGUUAUAUCCCCAUCAGAAGGACAACUUUUCCUCAUCCGAGAAUAUCUAUGUAUAACGAUCAAAUCAGAAUAAACACACAAAAAAAACAAUUAAGUGUUUA